GUACUACUUGCUAAUUGGUUUGAUGCAAGUGUAAUAAUAUUUUAUCGGUAAUUUCCAAGAAAAAGCAUUGGCAACACUGCUUUGGUCGCCAUUAACAAACGUCCAUCCGUUUCGGACUUUCAGCGGAUUUUUGUACAACACGGACAUUUAGAAAUAAUUAAGUGAAUCUCGGACACUCCGGACCUUGUGUAGUGAAACUGAUGUGAUUAAUUUUGAUAUUGUCGUGUCUAAAGACUUCUAUAAGUGCUCUAUAUUCUCAAAAUCGCGGCCAAUGUCAGCAGGCGUGUCAGAUCAGCGGAUGAAAGGGCAAGGGAACCAAGUGACAAAUGCACCGAAAGAGCAACAUUUAGAAAGCGGCGGCGACGAGUUGGCAGAGGUGUCAUGGCGCCACCAGCAACAACCAUCGUAUGCGCCACCCAUCUCGUCUGCGGCCGACCCCUACAGCGUGGCAGGUUAUUACGGUACAACAGCACUUCCUUAUCAAGCUUUUGGAGUCGGGGAUGGGACAUGGUCCACCAAUGGAACAGACCCGAUGACAUUCGGAGGAUACAAUCCUCACGAUUCUUAUGGAAUGGAUGGUAGUGUGUUUGGACCCUCAACGACACCAUUUUCGACAGCUGCAUUCGGACAACCAGCGUCGACGUUUAAUUAUUUCCACGGUAAUGGCGACUAUUCCACCUGGGGACAACUCGGUCGCGCCAAACAGCAGUAUGACGACUACUACAGGGCCGACGGGCUGUACGUGCCCGACGGAAUCAAAGCUGUCGAGACGGGGGUGCAGUCACUCUCGCUCGGAGAGCAUAAGUCGGAGAAGGACCGCCCUCCGGAACUCAAGGAUGUGUCGGGUGGCUCGCAACCCAAAAAGAUGACAUGGGCAUCUAUUGCGAGUCAACCCGCCAAACCUGCGCCCUCAUCGCAGGGCGGAGCUGUGAAAAAGAAGGGCCCUGGCAUGCCACCACCACCGAUUAUUCCCGGAAAACACAAUAUGGAUAUCAGUACAUGGGACGCCGGCAAGAGCGCGCCUGUAGUGACGGCACCGCCCCCGCCGCCGAUGCAGUCGCCGCCCGUGCCCGCGCCACUGCCCAUGCCUACGCCGGCGCCGGCUGCCGCGCCUGCACCGUCGGGACUGCAGCAGCGCGGGCCGCCGCCGCCGCCUGCCUGGACCCACGCGCCCAGAGCUCCGCCGCCGCACGCGACUCACCCGGCGCACUCGACGCCGCAGCCCCACGUGCCGCGCCCACAGCUGGCCGCGCCUGCGGUUCCUGUACCGCAGCCGCCUCCAGCCCCUGCCGUGCCGCACCCUGUGCUGGAUGAACUUCGUGUCAAGAAUGACUAUAAUCCCAAGGAAUUCGAUCUGAGUGCACCUUUGGCUCGCUUUUUUGUGAUCAAGUCUUACUCGGAGGAUGAUAUUCAUCGAAGCAUUAAAUAUGAAAUAUGGUGCAGUACUGAGCACGGUAACAAACGUCUGGACGCGGCAUACCGUGAGCGCGAGAGGGAAGGUGGUGCAGUUUUCCUGUUCUUCUCUGUGAACGGUAGUGGCCAUUUCUGUGGAAUGGCGCGCAUGACCAGUGCAGUUGAUUACAAUUCCAAUUCUAAUGUGUGGUCUCAGGACAAGUGGAAGGGACAGUUUCGUGUUAGGUGGAUCUAUGUUAAGGACGUUCCGAACGUGCAACUACGGCAUAUCAAAUUAGAGAAUAACGAGAAUAAGCCGGUGACCAAUUCUCGCGAUACGCAGGAAGUGCCCCACGCUAAAGGGUUGCAAGUGUUACGUAUUAUGCACUGCUAUUGCCAUUCUACAUCUAUUUUUGACGACUUCAUUCAUUAUGAAAAGCGUCAAGAGGAAGAAGAUUCCCGCAAGGUACCCGCUUAUCAUCCGCAGGACAAUAAUCGCGAGGAGCAUGACAACGGUCGCGGAUACGGCGGUCGCAAUUAUCGUGAUUACCGCGACAAGCGAGACGGACGCGAUGGCCGGGAGGGUCGUGAUGGCCGCGACGGCCGCGAUGGUCGAGACGGGCGCGACGCUCGCGACGGCCGAGACGGUCGAGACGGGCGCGACGGGCGGGACCACCGCGAUACUAGGGAUUCACGUGACCAUCGGGACUCGCGUAACUACCGCGACCCUCGCGACCAUCGCGACGCUCUCGAUUUAGACGAUGACGGACAUCGGGACUACGAUCAUAAUGAUCGCAAUGAUCCGGGCAUGUACCGAGAUGGUCCCUUGUCUAAUAUGUAUCGUGACCGUGACUACAACAGACCCAGAAAGGACCGGGACGGUUCACGCGGCCGCGGGCGUCCCCGCAAUUGAUUGAAGUGCUUGUUUUGUGAAAACAAUUUGAGGACUGGCUUCUCCCCAUAGACAACUAGUAGUCGACUAAUUGGUACCGCAUUACAUAGACGUAUGUAUAGUGGACAUACAUAGACAGAAAUUAUGUCCUAUAAUGACGUGGCCGGCGGUUGUUGCGUUCCAACUUGAACAAUUUUAAAUGUAACAUAGAUAUUAUUGAUUGUUUUAAACAGUGCAUCGCUAAAAAACUUUCAACAAAUUAAAAUGUGCUAAAUAAUAUUCGUACUGGAAGAACGUUUUAAUAAACAAACGCCUAGUGAACAGAACAUUAAUACCUACAGUCGUCACGCACUAGUUAUGCACUAGGUGACGAUGAGUGGAAUUGUGGACUUUAUUUCAAAUUUGUGGACUGAAUCGAUAAAAUAUAGUAAUUUUUAUAACUAGAAAAUUCUGUGGUGAGAGGAGUUGAUCCUAUUGUUAGGGACUGGUGAAGUUACAAACGUUGAUACAAAUAUCUACACAUUGUGCGCUGACUGAGUGUUACAAUAACUUGGCAUCAAAGUGUCUAUGAUAUUCAUUAAAUAUAUGAAAGCUGAUAAUAUCAGUGGUGAAUUAUAACUUUUAUAUUGCAGAAAUUGUAAUCAAAUAAGGUGUGGACCUUUUGUAUAAAUUUUUUUAUAUCAAUAUAAUGGACAGUUAUGUAUGAGUUCUCUCGUGGCAUUGAGUUUGGUUUUACUCCAUGUGCUGCUUACCUGUUUUACUUAAUUUCGAUAUGGCAAUAUUAUGCAUUUGCUGAGAAUGAACUAAUAUUGCAAUAUCAUGGAGUAAAAUGACACCUUUAUUUUAAAUUGUUCUGUGACCUAGUUUGAGAAGAUUCUGAUCACAUAAUUAUUUCUAAGUUGUAGGUAUGUAUGGAUUGUUCCUUGUUGAAUUUUUUAACAUGUGUACAUAUAUAUUAUAAAAAAAGAACUUAACAUAUUUUCUACUUUUAAGUGAAACUACAGUGUGACGAGAGAAAUUGAUGACAAAACAAAAAGAAAUUUCCAUUAUAACUUGUUCUGACCUUGAUUAUAUUUUUAUUCAUGUAUCAUUUGCCCCCCACCUUAAUUUUAAAGUGCCUUUUCGUUUUACAAUAAAUGAAAUAUUUUGAAUCUGUUCUUGAUUUGUGUAGAAGUCUAGGAGUAGUGCCACAAUGGUAUUUUAUUAAUACCUAAACUAAUUUCUAGUUCAUUUUGCUAAUGCAUUAUAGAUAUGUCCUUUGUUUUACAUAUUUUUUUAGUUUGUAUUCUGUUUUAGUAAGAAAACUGAUUUCUUUAAUAACAUGAAGAAUUGAUUUUAAAAAUUAUGUAUCUUCUAUAUGGAAUUCUCUUACUUAGAAGUGAUACUGGAUUAAAGCCUGUCAUUGAA